AUGAAAAGACUAGCGAUUAUUUGCGUCGUUUUGGUUUGCGUCUUUACCUAUAACGAAGCUUGUACUUGUGCACGGACUCAUCCACAAGAACAGUUUUGUAACUCAGAUUUCGUGGUCAGAGCAAGGAUUUUGAGUCGGACGGUAACUGACAGUACAGAAUUUGAGAAUGUAUUCUACACAGUGCUGAUACGUCAGAAUUACAAGAGAAGACAAUAUCCCAUAAGACCUCCUGUACAAAGUAUAUAUACCGCCUCCCAAUCUGCAUCCUGUGGCGCAUCCUUUGUGAUUGGCCGUGAAUACAUCAUUAGCGGAUCAAUCCAGAAUAACAGAUGGCGCACAAGUUUGUGUAGCUUUAACCGUGAAACGUCUUCUCUCAAUCAAUUCCAAAGAAAUGCUUUAAACUUCGGCUAUUACAGAAACAAUUGCUCCUGUAAUAUCCGAUACUGCGGUUUUACGGACGAUCCUACAUGCACAGUUCCAGGGAGAAAUGAAUGUUUGAUCAUCAACAACGAAAAUUGCUUCUAUCAAAAUGAUGCUUGCAUCCAAUAUGGGAGAAGAUGCCGUUGGCUUUCGAAUCAGUGCGCAGACAGUCCAGGGAAGUAGAAGUACAUUUAUGACUAACUUCCAGAGUAACGCCUCUGUGACUUUUACAAUGAAGUAUCACAAAACGAUUUUGAUUGAUUAAUUGUUUUAUAUAUGAGAAUUUUCAAAAUCAAAAUAAAAAUUAGAAUUAU